AUGCGAUCCAAGUUCAAGGACGAGCACCCCUUCGAGAAGCGCAAGGCUGAGGCCGAGCGUAUUCGCCAGAAGUAUCUUGACCGUAUCCCAGUUAUCUGCGAAAAGGUCGAGAAGAGUGACAUUGCUACCAUCGACAAGAAGAAGUAUCUCGUGCCAGCAGACUUGACAGUCGGCCAGUUCGUCUACGUCAUCCGCAAGCGCAUCAAGCUGUCCCCAGACAAGGCCAUCUUCAUCUUUGUCGACGAGGUCCUCCCACCAACAGCCGCGCUCAUGUCCUCUAUUUACGAAGAGCACAAGGACGAGGACGGGUUCCUAUACAUCACGUAUUCCGGCGAGAACACCUUCGGAGGCUUCGAGUCGAUCUGA